AUGGAGAAAAUUUCUCAAUAUUUUGACGAAUUCAAGAAGAAUUUCCUUCCAUAUUUAAGAGAGAAUUUAAUUUGUAUAAUCAUUAUUACAAAUUCUUUUGCUGUCUUGGUCGGAAACAUUUUCGUUUGGAUUAUAAAAAGAAAUAACAUAGAGAGAGCUCUUGUAUAUAUUCUAGAGUUUUUUUUUAAUUCAAUGUUAGUGAUUACAUCUGGAAUUAUUACGGUUCGCAAUGAAUCAAAAAAUAUAAUGAUUGUUUUUUAUCUUAUUAGUUUAACUCUUUGUGUAUACUAUACUUAUAAUUUAAUUGCGGAUUCUAAAGUACUAACUUCACAAGAAAAAUAUGUUUCUGGAUAUAUUUUAGUUUUAAAAGAUGAACUGAAAGAUUUUAAGGAAUCAUAUAAAUUUAAAGAUGAUCUUGAUGAAUAUUACAAACGUUAA